AUGGCUCUGGUGACGAUAUCUGGCUUCCCUUGUUCUGGAAAGACCACACGAGCUGAACAGUUAAAAGAAUACUUCGAAUCAAGACUCUCUGCCGAAGGAUACAAUGGACCUGAGUUGAUAGUGGCUUUGGUAGAUGAUGACAUCUCUCAUGUACCGAGAUCAAGCUAUGAUACCAGUGCACUAGAGAAACCUGCAAGGGCAAGCCUAUUCUCGAAUGUCAGUCGGUCCUUGGGUACAGAUACAAUCACGAUAGUGGAUUCGGCAAAUUACAUCAAAGGCUUUAGAUAUCAGAUGUAUUGCGCUGCUAGAGAAGCUAGAGUCAGAGUCGCUACAAUACACGUAGUCGCUCCUCCCGAUAUAUGUAGAGAACGGCAUGAGAAAAGAGGAGAAUGUUCAUAUAAACCAGCUACGUUCGAUAACCUGAUUAUGAGAUUUGAAGAACCGUCUUCAAUGGUCAGAUGGGAUUCGCCUCUAUUCACUAUUCCGUGGGAUGAGGAACCCCCCUAUGAACAUAUAUGGGAUGCAAUCAUUAAAGGUGAUAAGAGACCUCCUCCUGCCGCUGUGUUGCAAAGGAACAAACCACCACCGAAUACACUUCAGACUCUCACAGCAACCACUCAAACAAUCGUCACCUCAUUACUAUCUCAUGUAAAUUCAUUACCGGGCUCGUCAACUUUCCCAAUACCUUCACCGCCAGCUCCAUCGAAUGGUUCACUAGUACUACACCUUCCGGCAAGGCGGGUGACGUUGAGUGAAAUGCAGAGGUUGAAAAGGCAAUAUGAAGGUGUACAAGUCAAGGCUCAAAAAAGCGGUGGGUUAGCCGCUGCUGGAAAUUGGACAGAGGGAGAAGUAGCUACUGGAUUCGUAAGGUUUUUAGAGGAAAUCUGGGAGACUGGAUAG